ACCCCUUGAACUGUGAAUACAAACGAACAUUAUAUUAGAAAUUGUUCGAAAAUGUGGUUUAAAACCAUAUUAUUAAGUUUUUUAAUUGCAACAACAAGUGCCGUUACAGUUAAUCUACCAACGGAUAUUUCAACAUAUCUCCAGGAUCAAGGAUAUUUUAAAGAUCCUGUGAAUAAUAUUAACAAUAUAACAAAUGCUUUUAAUGAUGCGUUAAAGUCCUUAAAUUUAACGGAUAUAGAAGUAAAUAUUAUUUUAAAUCACAUAGAAGACUCACAGCUGGAUACAGAGGAAUUUGAAAAAUCUUUAAAAUAUUUAUUCAAUACUACUCUACGCACAAACUGGCAAAUGAAAUAUAUUUUACAACAAAUUGCCAUCGCCGCUAAUAAUCUAACGGUAAAUGAAGUGUUAUAUGAAAUAUUGUGGCAAGAAUUAAGCAGAGAUCCUAACAAAAGGAAUCCAUUUUUAUAUAUCGAAUUGUACAGAGAUUUGGAAGGAGUUUUGAAAAAUUUCACAAGUAUUAAGUUGAUAACUUUACAAAAUGAAAUACGAACAAAUGUUGUGGAAUCUAGUGCUCUAAUAAUACAAAGUUUCUUUAUAAAUAACUCAACUAUAAAGCAAUUGUUGAAGGAGUUAAAGCCGCUUAAUAACUUAUAUCAAACAACCAUACCACGAAUCUUUGAAAAUCUGAAUGGCAUAGAAAAUCAAUGGCUGAUAACGAAGGAACUCUUAGAUUUUGAUAAUCACACCCAGGAAGCUGUAUAUAAUCACUUAAGCUAUAUACAAUAUUUAACUGCUCAUAGUGAAGUUGUACCGUAUGGUAUCUAUAAAAAUUUGGAAAAACUUAUAGCCCGUAUAGAUUUUAUAAAUAUUUCUAUAAGCCAACGUCAGAUAUCCUCUAAACUAUUACCUCUAUCUAUGGGUAAUUUAUUUGCUAGCCAAAAACUAUGUCUACGUAAUGCCACCACUAAUUACUAUCUAUACGAAUGUCCACAAACCUAUUUAAUGUGUACAAACUUUAUAGGCGAUAACCUAAAUCCGAUAAAUCGUAAAAAGGCUGCCUUUGAAAUAGAACGCAUAGGCAAUGACCAGUAUACUCUGCGCAGUCCCUAUUGGGGUCGUUAUUUUCAUUUGCAAAAUAGUACUUUGAAAAAUAUAACAUCAUCGUUUAAUGUUAAUAACACUAGCAGUAGUGUGGCGUUUUCGAAAAUAACAAAAAAUCUAUACAGUCAUGUCGAUGCCUCAUCUUGGUUUAUACGUUUUCAAGGCAAUCACGCCACUAUUGUUGAUUCCUCGGAAACUUUUUACGUUUGUGGCGGUGAUUCUUCUCACUGGAAUAAUAUGGAAAAAUAUUCCUAUACAAGACCAUCAAAGGAUUUUCGAGGAAAAGAAAAUGAAUGUUUGUGGUUAUUUGAAGAUUGCAGUGAUGUCGUUUAAUUAAUUGGGAGAAAUUUUAACGUUUUUAAUUUGAUUUCUGAA